AUGGCUGUGUCCACCACACCUGAGCAACGGGAAUCUGUUCUUGACAUCACAGUGCAGAGUAGUACAAAUUUGAAUUUAUAUCUUGUGGCUAAGACAUAUCAACCUGCUUUAUUCUACGUGGUGGACAUCUUCUCUCUGGUCAUUGCCCUGCUUGGGCUGUUGGGGAACAGCAUCAUCCUGUGGCUCUUGGGCUUCCGCAUCCAAAGGAGCCCCUUCUCUGUCUACAUCCUCAACCUGGCCACAGCUGACGCCCUCCUCCUUGGUAGCUCUUUUGUGUUGUGCAUGUGGCAUAUUGUUGGAGAUCUUAACAAUACUGUCCAGGUGCUAGUGUCCCACAUCGGACACCUGUCCUACUGUGUGGGCCUGAGCCUGCUGGCUGCGAUCAGCACCGAGCGCUGUCUCUCUGUGCUCUUCCCCAUCUGGUACCGAUGUCACCGGCCCAAGCACAUGUCUAUGGCUGUGUGCACCGCCUUAUGGGCUCUGCCAUGCCUGCCCUGGGGAGCAGCUGUGGCUCUUCAUUUCCAUCAGGAAGACUGGGUUUUAUACUAUGUUCUGGACUAUGUCGAGUUCGGGUGGUUCGUCCUCCUCACCUGUGUGCUGUGCGUGUCCAGCCUGACCCUGGUGCUGAGGGUCCAGUGCAGCUCCCAGCACAGGCGGCCACCCAGACUCUACCUCCUGAUCCUGCUCACAGUCCUAGUGUUCCUGCUCUGUGGCCUGCCCUGGGGGAUGGUUAAUGUAAUUUUGUGGCCCCACCCCUUCUCUUUAGUGCCUUUAGGGCUCCUAAGGCUUCUGGCCUGUGUGAACAGCAGUGCAAACCCUUUCAUUUACUUCUUCCUGGGCAGCCAAUGGCAUAGAAGAGGGAGGGAGCCCCUCAGGGUGGUCCUCCAGAGGGCUCUGGGGGAGGAGCAGGAAGAGGGGGUUGGGUCAAGGGACACUUCCCACCCCAACACUCUGGAUAAAUUAUCCUGA